AUGCCGCUCGAAGCCACCAUGAUGAUUAUCGACAACUCAGAGUACAUGCGCAACGGGGACUACCAACCCACCCGCUUCGAAGCCCAGGCCGAUGCGGUCAACGUCGUAUUUCAAACCAAGACCGACUCCAAUCCGGAGAACACAGUUGGCGUGAUGACCAUGGCGAACAAAGGCCCAGAGGUCCUCGUGACACAUUCGAAAGACCUGGGGCAGAUCUUGCAGGCAAUACACGCCACUUCGUCCAAGAUUGGCGGACAAAUCGACAUUCCUACAGCCAUUGCUAUCGCCCAACUUGCCUUGAAGCAUCGAGAGAAUAAGAAUCUGCGACAACGUAUUAUUGUCUUUGUUGGAUCACCACUAGAAGGUCAAGCUGCAGAUGAAAAGGCCAUGAUCAAGCUCGCAAAGAAAUUGAAAAAGAAUAACAUCGCGGUCGAUGUUGUGUGCUUCGGUGAUGGCAUUGAGGAACCCACAGAAGAUGGGAAGAGUGUCCUGAAGUCCUUCGUCGAGAGUACAAGUAGUGGUGAUAACUCACAUCUGCUCCUUGUUGCCCCCGGUGCACACUUGCUAUCUGAUGCCCUUAUCUCCUCUCCAAUAUUAUCUGCUGACCGUGCCGGCGCCAUACCCGCUGAACUCGGUGGUACUGGUGAUGCAGGUGGUCCCGCUGCUACCGCUGCUGGUGAUCAAUUCGAAUUCGGCGUAGACCCAAGUUUAGACCCCGAACUUGCCAUGGCUUUACGGAUGUCAAUGGAGGAGGCUCAAGCACGGGAAGCUGCAGAACGCGCUGCAUCAACCUCAAAUCAAAACGCAUCAACACCUUCAGCCCCGCCUCCUGCUGCCGCCCCGGUAGCUGCGGAUUCCACGGAUGACGAGGAGGCGGCACUGCUGGAACAGGCGAUAGCCAUGUCACAGGAUGUCGAGAUGGACGCCUCACGACCAACUGGCACGACCGACGAUGCGGACAUGGACGAAGAUGAGGAUGAAGAGGCAGCUAUUGCAAGAGCGAUUGAGAUGAGUAUGAAGGGUGAAGAGGAUGAUUCUACUCCUAAGAAGUAA